AUGGCUUCACAAAAUAAUGACCGUGUUGUAUGGCUAUGUCUAGGCGUCACUCUCUUCUUUGCAGUCCGCGGGAUUGCUUCUGAGCUCCAUAGAAUCAGGGAGCUCACUGCAAUCAGGAAAGGAGCUAAAGAUGACCAGGUAAUUGGUGAAGGAACCGAGGAUGAAACUCUGCAGAAGUUAUCUGAAAGCACGAGUUUCGAUCUCCGAGUAGCGGCAUUAAGGAUUAUAUCCGAAAGAUCGACUAAAGGAUCUACUCGGGAUCUACUUCUGGAAGACCUCUCAAGCAAGGAUCCAUCUCUCCGCAACAAAGCUUUGAAUGCUCUAUAUUUUUUGGUCUCCAAUAGGUCUUUGUCCCGUUCGUCAGUCUCCAGCCGACUGAAAGACCUGCCCACCUAUACUGCCCUUGUCGAUUGUCUGUGUAACUUUCUCCCAGAGCAUAAAGAAGAGAACAACAAUUCAGUUUCACCAAUUCUUCCUAUAACACGGCCACAGGGCGAGAAGAAAGCCCUAAUUACUCUUGACAUUAUCCUAAGAGAAAACAUCCCCGCUGCGUUAAAGGCUGGCGUUAUCAGCCGAUGGCUUUCGAAAUAUCCAUUUCCCUGCGUCAUCCAUGACGAAUCCAAAAGAGUAGACGUGGUCCUCUUAACGAAAACGUGGUGCACAGAUGACGCGGUAAUGAGUUCUAUCGUCGGUACCCUCUCCUCCCACCAAGAGGGCAUCAAUCAGCUGCGGAAAUACGGGCUCAUGGGUAGUAGAAUGGAAGAGCAUACAGGUAGUAUAUAUGAUGACGAAAUUGGUGAUAGUGAUGAUGACAGCGGUAGUGAUAGCGAUGUCUGGAUGGUUGGUGGUGAAGAUACCGCCGGCUUAUCAUCGUGGACGGAGGGGCGACGACGUCAGGAAAGGACAACUGAAGAACAAGCGCUGCGGCGGCGACGGAGGGAAGCCAUGGUUUUCAGUGAAGGUGGACGACCUUUGGGGAGAGACGAUAUUAUACAUCCUGUUCGGAGUAGGAUGGACGAGGAGAUCGAAGCUGAGUUAGAACUGUUGGCGGAUGAGGUUGAUCGCGAUCUUCUUGAAGAAGAGUUAGAAGCUGAAAGACAGGGGCGGACACGACGAUCAUGGCUGAUGUGGCCUCUGUGGUGA